AUGCUCUUCUCCGUGUUGAUGAGGAAGUACUCGUCAAAGUUUCAGCUUGGACUGUACUGUAGUAGACUACUAGCUUCAUUAUCCAAGGCAAAAGAACUAGGCCUGAUGCGAGAACUCUCAUAUUUGCAUCUCGGAGACAAUUUGCUAACAGGUCCAAUUCCACCUUCUCUCGGAAAUUUAUCAAAACUGUCUUUCCUAGAAUUGACUAAUAAUUCAUUGUCUGGCUCAGUACCAGGAACACUUGGGAACAACGCAGCCCUGAACUCGCUUAGACUGACAUUUAAUAAUUUGAAUGGGAAUCUUGAAUUCUUGACUCCCCUUUCCAACUGUGUGCAACUCCAGGUCCUUCACCUAGAUUCUAACUCUUUCACCGGACGACUCCCUGACCAUGUGGGGAAUCUGUCUGCACAAUUACUUCAGUUUACCGUAAGUUACAACAAGCUAACUGGUGGGCUUCCAUCAUCAUUGUUUAACUUAAGCAGUCUAGACAUGAUAUAUCUUUCAAACUACAAACUCACAGGAGCAAUCCCAGAAUCUAUAACAGGGUUGCAAAAUCUUGCUCAGCUUCAUGUCUCUUACAAUGACAUAUCAGGCCCUAUCCCAACACAAAUUGGUAAGCUUAGGAACUUACCGAUGCUUUAUCUCGAUGGUAACAAAUUAGCUGGCUCCAUACCUGAUAGCAUUGGCAAUCUUAGCAUGCUAGAAUAUGUCUUCUUGCCCAUGAAUCAAUUCAUCAACAUUCCUCAUAUACCGGCAAGUUUGUUCCAGCUUGAUAAAGUUAUAUAUGUAGACCUUUCUAAUAAUUUCUUUUCCGGUCCACUAUCGAGUGAUGUUAGUGCGUUAAAACAAGUUUAUAUAUUUGACCUCUCUUUUAACUUUUUGUUUGGAAGCAUCCCGGAAUCAUUUGGGAAACUAAGCAUGCUCACUUCCCUAAAUCUAUCACACAACUCAUUUGAGGACUCUAUCCCAGUGUCGUUUAGUGAGCUGAGUAGCCUCCAGUGGUUGGACCUCUCCUCCAAUAAUCUCUCCGGUACCAUUCCCAUGUUCCUUGCAAAUUUCACCCCUUUGAAAACUUUGAAUCUCUCCUUCAAUAAUCUAGAAGGAAAGAUACCAGAGGGUGGUGUUUUCUCAAACAUCUCAUUGCAAUCUUUGAUUGGGAAUGUUGGGCUAUGCAGUUUACCCCGUCUGGGAUUUUUUCCUUGUCAUGAGAAACGACCUCACUCAAAUACUACACACUUCCUAAGGUUUAUGCUACCUGCUGUCACCAUAGCAUUUGGUUGUGUUAUUCUAUUCAUUUUCCAAAGCAUUAGAAAGAAACUUAAGAGCAAGAGAAAAGUUGAAGAUAAUGUCAUUGAUCCUGGCAAUGUUAUGUGGAAUGGGCCCCUGUCGUACCAUGAGCUCGUCCUUGCUACUGAUAAUUUUAGCAACAACAAUCUGUUGGGAACUGGGAGCUUUGGAAAGGUCUAUAAGGGUCAACUUAGCACCGGUUUGGUGGUGGCAAUAAAAGUUCUAGACGUGCAGCAGGAACUGGCCACUAGAACCUUUGAUGCUGAGUGCUGCACACUUCGCAUGGCUCGGCAUAGGAACUUGAUAAAGAUACUGAACGUCUGCUCCAACCUGGAGUUCAGAGCACUGGUGUUUCCGUACAUGCCCAAUGGAAGCUUAGAGAUGCUCAUACACUCUGAAGGAAGAGAGCACUUGGUAUUCCUCAAGCGGCUGGACAUCUUGCUAGAUGUGUCGAUGGCAAUGGGGUAUCUGCACCAUGAGCAUCAUGAGGUGGUGCUGCAUCGUGACUUGAAGCCUAGCAACGUGCUAUUUGAUGCCGACAUGGUGGCGCACUGCAAGCAUGCCUGGAACACUUGGUAUGGAACUUAUGGAAAGGCAUCACGCAAGAGCGAUGUUUUCAGCUACGGAAUCAUGCUCCUUGAAGUGUUAACUGGGAAAAGACCCACGGAUCCUAUGUUCGUUGGAGAUUUAAGCAUUAGGAAGUGGGUUCGUCAGGCAUUUCCAACUGAGCUCGACUCUGUCGUGGACGAUCAGCUACUACUAGGUGCCUCUUCCUCUGCCUGCCACGUCAACAACUUUCUUUCACCAAUAUUUGAGGUCGGCUUGCUCUGCUCAAGUGACUCACCUGACCGAAGGAUGUUAAUGAAAGAUGUCACGGUGGCACUCAAGAAGGUCAGAAAGGACUGUACCGAAUCAACAUCAGCAACCGCGCAGAGUGCCGUCCUGUGA